AUGGAGGCGAGAGAGGUGGUGCAAAACCCUAGACGUGCUCCAUCUCCUCUACCUACUGGGUCCCCGUACCCACGCAGCGGGUUCGGGGGCCUCUCAGGGAUUCUUCUACUAGCCAUAAUCCCAACGUCUGGCGCUCCUGCUAUCAGUCAUUAUUCUUGCUUUAUGUUACCGGUUCUCAACUCUUUCAUCUUGUGUGCAAAGAAGUUUGGAGGAAAAUGGAUAUUCCAAUGGCUAGAUCCAAGUCUCUGGUUGGAAUGCACAUCUGAAUCUGGUUCGGGGCACUCUUGUGGCUUAUCUUGCCACAUUGAAUGUGCUCUCCAACGUGGGAAGGUGGGAGUUGAUCUUGAUCAGAUGAUGCAGCUGGAUGGAAGCUAUUGCUGUGCUUCAUGCGGCAAGGUUUCCGGGAUACUGGGAUACUGGAAGAAGCAGUUAACUAUUGCUAAAGAUGCUCGUCGUGUAGAUAUCCUCUGUUCUAGGAUAUUCCUGAGUUACAGGCUCUUGGAAGGGACUUCCAGAUUUAAAGAGCUCCAUCAAUUCAUUAAAGAAGCUAAGGAAAAAUUGGAAACAGAGGUAGGUCCCGUUAAUGAUUCAGCAAAAAUGGCACGGGGAAUUGUCAGCAGGCUCUCAGUAGCUGGGGAUGUGCAGACUCUCUGUUCUCUUGCUAUUGGGAAAGCUGAUGGAUGGCUGGCCUCUAAGUGUUGCACAAGCCUAAAUAGCAUUGAAAGUUCCCUUCCCACUGCUUGCAAGUUCAUCUUUGAGGAAAUCACAUCCUCUUCAGUUUUAGUUAUAUUGAUAGCAGUAUCUACUGAACCAUUUGAUGAUAUUGAAGGGUACAAGCUGUGGUAUUGUAUGACAAGAGAAGAGACUUACACCAAAGAGCCUGUUAAAGUCUUUCCAGGAUCUCAACGGAGGAUUUGGAUAUCCAAUCUGCAGCCCUGCACGGAGUACUCCUUCAGAAUAGUAUCCUUCACCGAGGCUGGUGACUUGGGACAUUCUGAAGCAAAAUGUUUUACAAAGAGUAAUUCAGACUACGUAGGAAGAUCUGGUGCCAAGCGAGAAUGUAAGACUGUAACAGAAAUUGAACCCGACUCUGAAUUCAAGGUUCAAGACCUCGGGAAGAUCUUGAGGCUGGCAUGGACUGAAGAACAAGACUUUCGUCAGGGAUUCCGUGGUGCAGAUAUUAAAAAAUGUUCCAGGGAUCAUAGUUUUAUUGAACCAAAAACUGUACUUGGAGACAGGUUGCAAUUUAUUCCAAGGGAGAUUGACUUGAAUGUUUCUUCAGUGCCUGAUCUGAACGAAGAGUUUACCCCACAAGUUGAGUCAUCUAUAGACAACUGGAACCAUACGAAAACUGAUGAAGGUCCAGCUGUUGACUCUCAUGUGGAAGUUUGCCCGAAGACAACACAUAAUACCAAUGCGGAGAUGCAAGAUUCUGAUAGCAAUCUGACCAAUGGAUCACCAUCCCAAGUCGGGAAUGUGGCGGGACUAUUGGGUGAAAACUACGAAUACUGUGUUAAAAUCGUCCGUUGGCUGGAAUGUGAGGGCCAUAUUAAGGAGGAAUUCAGAAAGAAGUUUCUGACGUGGUUCAGCUUGAGAUCAACUAAGCAGGAAUGCCGAGUAGUUUACACUUUUAUACAGACUUUAAUUGACGAUCCAAGUAGUUUGGCGGAACAGUUGGUGGAUUCUCUUUCAGAAGUCAUAGCCGUCUCUGGCAAGAGGCCAAAAAAUGGUUUCUGUGGCGAGCUUUGGCAUUAG